GAAACCUCGGCCCGUUUCCCAGCUGGUGGCGCAGCAGGUCACGCAGCAGUUCGCCUCGCCCCUGCUGCCCAAGAAGGAGAAGAAGGAGCGCACCGACAAGGAGCGCAGCGACAAGGAGCCCACGCUCAAGAAGAACAGCCACAAGAAGAUGAGGCCCCGGUUAAAGAACAUCGACAGGAGCAGUGCGCAGCAUCUGGAGGUGACGGUGGGCGACCUGACGGUCAUCAUCACAGACUUUAAGGAGAAGGCCAAGCCCACGUCCACCUCGUCGUCCAGCGCCGCCUCGGCCGACCACCACAGCCAGAGCGGCUCCGGCUCCGACAACAACACCGAGCGGAGCGUGAACGUGUCGCGCUCCUCGUCCCCCCGCGGCGAAGCCUCCUCCGUCAACGGAGAGUCGCACUAAAAGAAAGAGAGAAAAAAAAAAAGAAAAAAAUAACCUGCCCACCUCCCCCCAUACCCACUGUUGACCUUUGAUCCUUGACCCCCGCUUACGGUUAUCCCAUCUUAUCCUCCCAGGCCCACCGCACCCACUGUUCUCAAACCCUAAAUCUCCCCUGCCCCCCCCCCUCCCUUUCCAACGUCGAAAGGGACCAACGACCUCUUUGUCCACAGUCCUCCUCCUUCCUCUUCUCCUCCUUUUUCCUCGUCCUCCUCCAAACCUAAUACUGUUCCCCCUCUCUCUCCCCUCUCUGAACAUGCACAUGUAAGGCUAUGUCAGGACCUUACAGCAAGCUCUUCCCUCUGAGAAAUCCACUACGACACGACAAACAAAGCAACCGUUAUCUCUCCUUCUCUUUUUUUCCUGUUUUCUGUUUUUGGGAGUGUUGGGAGGUGUGAGUGUAUCUCUCUCUCUCUCUACCCCUUUGUGGAGUAUUCCAAACCUUGGUCAGCUUCUUCAGUCCUUGUGGUUUAGGGACGAAGCCACAUCUGGCAUUGGCCUGCACAGGGGUCGACAAACUGUAGUAGAAUUUCUAUGUCACUUUCAGGAUUAACACUCUAUUGAUAUAGCAUUCUAAGAAGACCAUUCUAGAACUUCUCAUACCAUAGAACUCAUGCAUCCUCCAUUUCAGAUUGUUGUCGGCACUCUUCAUCCAAUCAGUGUUAUCGAUAACAUGUAGACACUGACGUGAGCCCCGCCCACCUCAUCUCACUUCCAUUCUCCCUUGUCCAAUAAGAACUAUCGUGGCAUGAUCUGAUUCAGAGUCUCAAUGCAUUAUGGGAAAAAAAAGUAUGAAACUGUUCCCCUUCAUUGUACAGUGAUUGAUUAAUCAAACUGUGAUAGAGUAAGACCUAUUCCUUCUUGGUUUUUUUUUGUUUUGUUUUGUUUUGUUUUUUGCACCUGCUGGUAUUUGGUGUGGUUACAUGAGAGAAUAUUUUACAUUAACAUUUUUUCUUUCAUUUGUUUUGUUUUGUUUUAUUUUGGUUUGUCGCCUUUGCAUUUAUUUUUGUUUUAAAACAAUUUGCAGCACAAGUUAUAUAGAUCAUAUCAUGGUGUUCUCUCAUUGCUCUUGCCAAGGUUGCUAUAUAAUAUGUAUAAAUAUCUUGGUGAAUUAUGUGUUAAUUAAAAGUUUGAAGAAAAGGAAAAAAAAACAUUUAUUACUUAAAAAGACAUUGUAUUAGUAAAGAUGUUGACAUUGAAUCUCCAUUUUAUAGAUUUGAGCUUGUCAUCAAGAGAUUUAUGAUUACGUUUAGAAAUGUCACUGAAUAAAAUGGAAAGAUAUAGCCUCAUCAGUUAAAGACUUGUAAAUAAAGUGAUAUUGUGGGAUUUGCAGUAAAUCGAAGAA